AUGGCGGCGCCGACCCCUCUGACCGAGUACCAGCAGUCGUACCACUGGCGUAACAAGAACUGCGGCCCGUGGGCACAGGAAUGGGUCCGCCGCAUCCUCCCCGCCAUCAAGAUUGAGGGCGACGGCAACACGGCCUCAGUCACGAGUGUAACCUCGGUUGAGGGAGACUGCGACCUCGGUCAGCGCAAGGGCAAGCUCCUGACUAUCUACGACCUCCAAGUCUCUUCCAAGUGGACUGGCUCGGACGGGACCAACGAGUUCUCCGGCGAACUCAAGAUCCCCGAGUUUAGCCACGAGACAAUCGACGGCCUGUCCGACUACGUCUUUGACAUUUCCAUCGACCAGUCGAGUAAGGAGGCAGACGUUUUCAGGGCGUGGUUGAAGAACAAGUUGCCUGGCGCUCUGGAACCCAAGCUCAACGGAUUCCGCGAGGACUUACUUAAGGCGCACGGGAUUUUUGAGACCCCCGUUGGCUCUGGAACGUCCACCCCAGCCGCGUUCAAGCAGGGAUACUCGCCCGCCCCACCGGGCGAGGCCCAUGCAAAGGCCAUUGCGGCGCAGAAGACCAAGGACGAGGCAGGUGAGAAGAGGGGCCUCAAGACCGUCACUGUCCAACUGAACGCGCAAUUGCACGCCUCGGCUGCCGAUCUUUGGAGCCUGCUCACCGACGCCCAGCGCGUUCCCAUGUGGAGCCGCGCGCAAGCCGAUAUCACUCCAGAGGUCGGGAAGAAAUACACCCUCUUCAACGGCAACGUCUCUGGCGCUAUCAUCGCUGUCGAUGCGCCCAACAAGUUGGUUCAGAGCUGGCAGACAAAGUCGCCCGGCUGGCCUUCUGACCACCACGGUAUCAUGACCAUCACGCUCGACCAGGGGUCGGAUUCUACAAAGGUCACGUUCUCGCUCGACGGCGUGCCCGCCGACAAGGAGGGCGAUAUCUCGCGCGCCCUCGACGCAUUCUAUAUCCGGGGAUUGAAACAGAUGGGGCUCGGCACAAUCCUCUAG